AUGUCUACGCAACGACCGCUUGCCCGGGCGCAUAUGCUUCGAGCAAUCCGCACCCACACAGUCCGUUCAUCUGGACGAGUGUCGCGAAGGAGCCUGGCGACGCCAGCUCACCCCCCGCCAGCUCCGAAAUCCGUACCACCUCAUUCGAAAGAUACCCAAUCUUACCUGCGGCGCUUGAAUGAACGAUUACCGCGCUUUCUUCGGAGAUAUACCACCCCUCUCCUUGGAGCCCCGGUAACCCACGUCACCUCCUUUCUGAUAUUGCAUGAGAUUACCGCGAUAGUGCCUUUGUUCGGGCUAGUGGCUGCCUUUCAUUACAGUGCGUGGAUGCCAGAUUUGCGCUCCGAAUCAGAGUCAGGUGAAAGCAGCGCGUUUGACCAGGGGGUGAGGCGGUUCGGUCGCUGGCUGGGUAAAAAGGGUUGGAUCGAGGAAUCGGAUGUGAAGACGGUCGCCGAGCACGAGGUCACCGGCAUCACUUUGAGAGAACAUGCGGGCGUGCGGCUUCUACUGGAGUUUGCGACGGCCUAUGCAAUGACAAAGGCCCUGCUACCGCUGCGAAUCGCAGCAAGUGCUUGGGCUACGCCGUGGUUUGCGAGGUCCGUUCUUACGCCGACUACCAACAUGGCAAGAAGGCUCUUCAGCAGGAAUUAA